CGCGAACCGAACGCCUGAAAGAUCUUGUCUGGCCCUGAUCUGAUCUUGUAACUGUCUGCCUGAUCCAGGAUCAGCACAACACACAUGCUUAAUACAAUCCCUGCUCCGAAACCGGCAUUAUCAAUCUGAUAAGAUUUGUCACCCGAAACCACGGUACCCUACCAUACAGUACGCCAUACAGUACGCCCGACGUAGCGCGGUAAACUCGGAGCUGUGCGAGAUCCAUCCCCAACCCCAUGACCAAAUCUCGUCUCUCGAGCGCCGCAACACGCCGUCGACGAGUAUCCAGCAGCCAGAGGCUCCCUUCCAUCAUUGUGUAAGGUAUUGCAGCUCGUCGUGAGCACUGCUGGGAAACCAUGGGCCGACUUGCGCAAAUACUGCCGGCCUUGAGCCUCUUGUGCCCUGCGCUCGCCGCCACAGUCUCCUACGACUUCAAUAUCGAAUGGGUCCGGGCGAACCCAGAUGGCGCCUUUGAGCGUCCGACCAUUGGUAUCAACGGCAAAUGGCCCAUUGAGACCAUCGAGGCCAAUGUCGGCGACACCAUCCUCAUCAACGCUCACAACAGACUCGGCAACCAGACCACCUCGCUGCACUUUCACGGCCUAUUCAUGAACGGCACAAACCACAUGGACGGCCCCUCCAUGGUGACCCAGUGUCCCAUCCAGCCUGGAGACUCAUUCCUGUACAACUUUACGAUCACUCAGCCGGGCACCUACUGGUACCACUCACACUCCGAGGGCCAGUACCCCGACGGUCUUCGAGGACCUCUCGUUAUCCAUGACCCGGAGUCUCCUUUUGCCGGAAAGUAUGACGAGGAAAUUGUCAUGACCCUCUCAGACUGGUACCACGAUGAGAUGCGCGUCCUGAUCCCCCAGUUCCUGCGCAAGGGAAACCCCACCGGCGCCGAGCCAGUGCCCCAGGCCGCCCUCAUGAACGACACCCAGAACCUCAAGGUACCCGUUGAGCAGGAGAAGACGUACCUCGUCCGCUUGAUCAACAUCGGUGGCUUCGCCGGCCAGUACUUCUGGAUCGAGGGCCACAACAUGACCAUCGUCGAGGUCGACGGUGUCUACACCAAGCCCACCGCGGCCGACAUGAUUUACCUGUCCGCGGCCCAGCGAUGCAGCUUCCUCCUCACCACCAAGGGCAGCGACGCGGCCAACUUCCCCAUCGUUGCCAGCAUGGAUACUACCCUUUUCGACGUCAUGCCCGAUGAUCUUGACUGGAACGUGACUGGCUGGCUGGUUUACGACGAGGCAAAAGAUUUGCCCAAGCCCGCCCUCGUCGACGAGUUUGCACCUUUUGACGAUGUCAACCUCGUCCCCUACGAUGAGAUGGAGAUUCUACCCGAGCCCAAUCGUAUUAUUGAGCUCGAUGUCGUCAUGGACAACCUCCACGACGGUGCCAACUACGCCUUCUUCAACAACAUCACCUACAAGGCACCCAAGGUCCCCGCCCUCUACACAGCCCUAACCAGCGGCGACAAGGCCGCCAACCCGCACAUCUACGGAUCGUACACCAACAGCUUCGUGCUGGAGAAGGGCGACGUUGUGCAGAUCGUCCUCAACAACCUCGACUCCGGGCGUCAUCCCUUCCAUCUUCACGGACAUGACUUCCAGGCAAUCUACCGCAGCGCCGAGGAGGAUGGAACGUGGCCCGGAUCUGGUGUUGAGUAUCCCCAGGUACCCAUGAGGCGAGACACCAUUGUCGUGUACCCCAACGGAUUCGUCGUGCUCCGGUUCAAGGCGGAUAACCCAGGCGUCUGGCUGUUCCACUGCCACAUUGAGUGGCACGUCACCUCUGGUCUUAUUGCCACCUUUAUUGAGGAUCCGUUGACGCUCCAGGCCACAAUCGAGCUCCCCAAGAACCACUUGGAUGUUUGUUUGUCUGGAGACGUGCCUUCCAAGGGUAACGCCGCGGGCAACUCCGAUGACUUCCUUGACCUUUCAGGCGAGAACGCGCCCCCUCCCCCCCUACCGGCAGGCUUCACUUUCCAAGGCAUUGUCGCCAUUCUCUUCAGCUCCAUGAUGGGCAUCAUCGGAAUCUGGGUGGUUGGCUCGUACGGAAUGCGAACGGGUAGCAAGCAGCGGAAGAGCGCCGAAAGAGAGCCUCUCCUGGCUGCCCCGGAUGCUGCCGCAGGCCAUACCGAGGCCAAUGGCCACGGGGAGUUGGCAAACGGUACAGACGAUGGCGCCUUGUCCCGUCGAUGACCUACCCGCUGGGUUAGAGUUACUGGGAGGAUUUAGGAUAGCAUUCAUUAAUGAUUAGAGCCCUAGUGGCAGUUGCAGCGGCAAUAGAAUUUGUACAUGAUAUCAAUGUCAUAGAUUGUUAGAGAAUAUUGUUUCUAUCUCUGAA